AGGAGGGGAUGAGCGAAAACACAAAAAUUAAUAAUAUAACCUUCUCCCCUAGAUUCAGCCCUUCCAGUUACCAUGGUCCGCAUAGAGCAGCUCCCCGAUGACUUCGAUGAAUCCCUUGAUCUCAACAAACCUCGCUCUACUGGCCCUACACUAGGCGGGCAGGCUUUGUUGAACGAAACACCGUUCGGGAUCAAGAAAAAUGUCUCUUCUCCACCUGACUCAACAACCCCUGCCAUGCCUCCCGGCAUGGCUUCGGUCAAGUCGCAUACAGCAGAAGAAAUACUCGACUUGAUGAACAAGACUCCGCUGUUUAUGACCGAUCUUUCGAAAGCAACAGAUGGAGAUGAGGAAAAUAUUGGCCUUGAGGCCAUACGGGCUUUGCAAUAUGAAGGGACACGGGCGGAAGUGGCGCAGGGGCUUCGAGAAUCAGGAAACGAGGUUACGAGAGAGAAGAAAUGGAGCGAUGGGAAAGAAUUUUAUACCAAGGCGAUUGCGGUGCUUACGGGUGAGAAUAAAUGGGAGAAGAGUGAUGAUCCUGAGGGCGAUCUUGUAAAGGAACGCGAGAUUGCGGAAGCAUGCUAUUCGAAUCGCGCAUUGUGUAAUUUGGAAUUAAAAAACUACAGAUCAACCACGCUCGACUGUGCAUCAGCGCUAAAACUCAACCCGAAGAAUGUCAAGGCCUACUACCGAUCUACCUGCGCUCUUUUCGCCCUGGACAAAAUCCCCGAAGCAGAAGAUACAUGCGCGCGAGGACUGACCCUCGACCCAUCCAAUAAAUCAUUACAAUCCAUGUCCGCCAAAAUAUCUGCGCGCAAAUCUGUCCUUGAGGAAAUUGCCGCCAAGCGGCGUGCCGAGGAGGAACGAGCUCGCAAAGAGAAACUAAUCCUCAACACGGCACUACGCGCGCGCGAAAUUAAAAUCCGGACUUCCGACCGCCCGCCCGAGCUUGAAGAUGCUGCUAUACAUCUCUCACCAGAUCCGCUGUCACCCAAAAGCACCCUCGUCUUUCCCAGCGUCUUCCUAUAUCCAAUGGACGCACAGUCUGAUUUCGUCAAAGCCUUUGCUGAAACCGAGACGAUUGGCGAUCACCUCAGUUAUAUAUUCCCCUUGCCGUGGGAUUCGCGGCAGGAAUACAAACUUGAUUCUGUGGACUGCUUUAUGGAGACGGCGGCCGGGGGGCUUAUUAAGGUUGGGAAGAAAAUUCCGUUGCUGAAGAUUUUGGCGGGCGGGAAAGUGGAAGUUGUUGAUUCGUUGGUUAACAUUAAUAUCGUGCCGACGGGCAAGUCGAAGCAGUGGAUUGAAGAGAUGAAGGCGAGGAAGGGAGCUUGAUCUUGAGUUUUAUAUGUGGUUUCCGUACGGCGCUCAUUUCUGUUAUUGCGCGCGGAUACGGAGUCAGACUAAAUAUUGAGCCCAGUGUUUCUUUGUAAGUGGUUUCGGCCGCUUUUUGUUGCAUGUUAACCGGUUAGGAAAGAAAAGUCAUUUCCUUGACCUCCCGGCCGCCAUCAAAUCGAUACACAAUAAUGGUUUUGCAUGAAAGAAAUGAGAAAGUUCUCACACAGGCCACAAUCAGCAGGAUGAAUCAUAAGACGCAGGAACUUACUAUUAUCCCCGAUAUGAGCGUCUGAUCCCUAAUGACUUGGCGAUAUUCAUUCGGGAUAAGAGGCUUGACGCAGCCAUCAUUGGCAAUCUAACUGUGCAGAUUCGCUGGACACCUGUUAGGCGCCGGUGUUACAUGUAUCUCAUUGGGUCCAAACUAAUGAUAUUGGGCAAUAUUGCAAACCUCAUCGAUGGUCAGGAGGAUAGGGAUCUAACAGUCGGACCUGUUUGCUUCGCCUCAAUGGACAAAAUAGCAGACGCGUAAUUCCACCUGGACCACAGGUUGAAGCAAAAGAGCAUAUUGUCAGUAUUUUUGAAUCAACUGCAGGAUAUUGUAAAGAAGAAGAUCGAUACAGCAACACGGAAUGUUUUAUCCCAUGUAGAAUCUCAUCAAUUCGGGAUGUAACCAUCAUUGGGCUUCGCAACGCCAGCAGGAAAAUCCGGGGAAGGUUAUAUGUAUUAAAGCAAUAUGAGGCUUUGAAGUUAGUCAGUUGACAUGGUAUCAUCCUUUUUUUGAGCUUUCCGGACAUAUGAAAAGCAGCAGAGAUUGCAAAAUCGCAAAUGGAUAGAAGCAUCCAGGCUGAGGUGGACUUCAUGAGGACGCCAUUGGACUAAUGACGAUGACGGUAUUCAUCAUCAGAGAUCGCGAAG